CAUCUUCACAAGAACAAUUCACGUCUUUAUCCUAAUCGCUUCCUCAAGUUGCUUCUUUGUCCGCUCUUGAAUCCUCCUCGUAUUCAUCAUCAUUUAGUUCUCUCAAUUCCCAAACUUUCGAUCUUUGGUAUUUUGUUCUUUUGCUCCGCAUAAAGAUUGGUUUUUGGCGUGUUUUUCACAUACCCAUUUCCCGAUAUCACUUCAUUUUGGCUUGUUUUUGGUUAUCUUUUUGGGGAUUUUGCAGAGUCUUUGCAAAUGAAUCCUGGGUUUCUCUAGUAAAAGUUCAAUCUAUGGUAGGCAUUUGUUUCCUUCAAUCUUUCUCAGUUGUGUUUCUUUAUCAUUUCUAUACGUUUUCAUGAGAAUCACAAUCUAGUCUAUCUUAAUUUCAUCCCCGAUUCCCUUUUCUCUGGAAAAACCCCAUUAGAAAUUCAAUCUGUUUUAGUUUAAUUUAAGAAAAAGUAGAGAAAAUGUCUGGUACGAGGCAGAGUUGGAGCAGCUCUGGGUCAGAGAAUGAUCAAAGAUAUGCAGGGAUAGAUGAGAAGAAGAGGAAGAGGAUGAUAUCGAAUCGGGAAUCGGCGAGGAGGUCAAGGAUGAAGAAACAGAAGCGCGUGGAAGAGUUGACGCUGGAAGUGGGGAGAUUGCAGGCUGCAAAUAGUGCCAUUGUGGGUAGGAUAGAUGAUAUCAGCAAGAAGUAUGAGGUUAUGGCUAUUGAGAAGAGUGUUCUAAAAGCCCAGGAAGUUGAAUUGAGUGAAAGGCUUAAGUACUUGAAUGAUGUGAUGAAGAACACUGGAGUGGGUGAUUCUGGUAAUGCUGCUGCAGAUCCUUUGAUGACUCCAUGGCAGAUUCUGUUCCCAAAGCUUCUUCCCAUUCCUGCUUCUUCCGGCUUGUUCAAAUUCUGAACUCAUUGCUCAUCUUCCCCGGUCAGGGGUACAUGCUAUAUUAGCAUAGACUGAUCUGAAAUUUGAGUAGCCAUUUCAGGAUGACUAUCAUAUUUUACAUGCUUGUUUGACUUUAUUCUGUGGCUCUUUUGAUCCGAAUCUUCUGUUUAUUAGCCUUUUGAUUUGCAA